AUGGCCACCGAGCCCACCAUUACCGGCCUUCCGACCGAAGUGACUCAAAAGAUUGCUCGCCAAAGAGAGCUCGAUAUCACAGUCCUCCGACGCGUCUGCCGUGACUUCGAGCGCAAGACUUUCGACCUCUUUGCACACAAGUAUCUUCGAUGUCUUGGAUGCUAUCCCUUCAAUUCCCAGCGCGUGGAAAGAUUGCGGAAUCUUACAUCCUCGCCUCGUUACGCGGAGAAGAUCCAAUCCAUUACCUUCUGGUUGGACCCGGCUGAAGGGGCUGGGCACAAGGAAUUCCACGUUGCUACCAGAAAUCCCACAGUCGUCUUCGCGCACGUCUUGAGUUAUUUGCCCCCGGGCAGAUUCCCUAGUCAGUCAGACGGAGAGUUCGCUCACGAGGAAUACACGAGAGAACAAAUCACGAAGCAUUCCUCGGAGCCGGAUGUCGCUGCUCUCGAUGCCAUCUAUGACAAUCUCGAUGCGAACAAGUCUCCCGCGGAGGUCCGCAUCGUCUUCCGAAAACCCGUCGAUGAAUUCUUGGACCUCGCCCUCUGGGUUGACCGCUUCCUCGGCCACCCGGAAAACCUCAACAAGCGCGUUUGCGACCUGGACUUUCAAGGCACAGUAUUGGAUCCCUCCACCCUCUGCCACAUCAUCGGAUGCAACGAACAGUGUCUCAGGACGUUUCGAUUACGCCAGGUCCAUUUCCCGCUAACCGACCCCUGGAUCGUAGAAUUGUUCGACUACCUGAAAGACUGUCCGAAGUUGGAGUAUAUCCAAUUCGGUGAUGUGAACGAGUCCUUGUCUUCCGAGGGAAGUAUAGCGGACGACAUUCUCGUGCGGUUCGGGUAUCCGAGAGGCACACACGGUCCACAUAAGGCUUUCAUGGAGGUGGCGGGCCACGAAAAGGUUGUGGAGGCAUUGCAGUGUUGCUUGGACAAUGGAAUGGAUUUUGUCACGAGAAUCAAGAGAUGUCCGAAAUUUCGCGCGGGACGGUACUUUUUCCAGCUGUCCGGUGAGCACAUCCCUGAAUGUCUGAGCAUUUGA